CAGAUUAUACAGUGGAAGUCUGCGUUGACCUCCCACUGCAUUCACCUCUGACGAGAAGCCAUGUUUCGGUCUUUGAGAAGCGUCCAGCAGUUUAACUGCAACCUCCUGACUCUGCAAAGACCCGGCGUCAACUCGAAACUCUUCAUUUGCACGUCCAGAAUGGCCGCUUCGGAGUUCCGGGUCGAGCGGGACACGUUUGGCGAGCUCAAGGUCCCAGCUGACAAGUACUACGGCGCCCAGACUGUCAGAUCCACCAUGAACUUCAAGAUCGGGGGACCGAGUGAGAGAAUGCCGAUCCAAGUGAUCAAGGCCUUCGGAACCCUGAAGAAAGCGGCCGCGGAGGUGAACAAGGACUACGGCCUCAACCCGGAGAUCGCAGCCGCAAUCGUCCAGGCUGCAGACGAGGUUGCAGCAGGUAAACUGGACGAUCAUUUCCCUCUGGUGGUGUGGCAGACUGGAUCCGGAACCCAAACCAACAUGAACGUCAACGAGGUGAUCAGCAACAGGGCCAUUGAGAUCAUGGGAGGGAAACUGGGCUCCAAAGAUCCUGUCCACCCGAAUGAUCACGUCAACAAGAGCCAGAGCUCCAAUGACACCUUCCCCACUGCCAUGCACAUAGCUGCGGCCACAGAGGUCCACCAGGUCCUGAUCCCCGGCCUGCAGGCUCUGCACGACGCCCUCGCUGCCAAAGCUGAAGAGUUCAAAGAUAUCAUCAAGAUUGGACGCACGCACACCCAGGAUGCUGUUCCGCUCUCGCUGGGACAGGAGUUUGGUGGUUAUGUGCAGCAGGUGAAGUACAGCAUAGAGAGAAUCAAGGCUGCCAUGCCCAGGGUGUAUGAGCUGGCGGCCGGAGGCACAGCCGUGGGAACCGGACUCAAUACCCGCAUUGGCUUUGCUGAGAAAGUCGCAGCCACAGUCGCCUCUCUCACAGGACUGCCCUUUGUGACGGCGCCCAACAAGUUCGAAGCUCUGGCCGCCCACGAUGCCCUGGUGGAGCUGAGCGGAGCCCUGAACACGGUGGCCGUCAGCAUGAUGAAGAUCGCCAACGACAUUCGCUUCUUGGGGUCAGGACCCCGCUCGGGCCUGGGGGAGCUCAUCUUACCAGAGAACGAGCCAGGCAGCAGCAUCAUGCCGGGCAAGGUGAACCCCACCCAGUGCGAGGCCAUGACCAUGGUCGCAGCCCAGGUGAUCGGGAACCACGUCGCAGUCACCGUCGGAGGCAGCAACGGACACUUUGAGCUCAACGUCUUCAAGCCAAUGAUCAUCAAGAACGUGCUGAACUCUGCGCGGCUCCUGGGCGACGCGUCGGUGUCCUUCACCAACAACUGUGUGAUGGGCAUCGAGGCCAACACCGAGAGAAUCAACAAGCUCAUGAACGAGUCCCUCAUGUUGGUCACGGCUCUCAACCCACACAUCGGCUAUGACAAAGCAGCCACCAUCGCUAAGACGGCUCACAAGAAAGGCUCGACGCUGAAGGCGGUGGCCGUAGAGCUGGGCUACCUGACCGAGGAGCAGUUUGACCAGUGGGUGAAGCCAAGUGACAUGCUGGGGCCAAAGUGAACUCUGACAGCAGAAGGGACACUUUUCAACUGUUAAAUAAAAGAAAGAACUGGAUGAACAAAACUUGCUCUGAACCCUGAACAUCUCUUACUUCUUAAUACAAAUCGAGAAUCCUUUGCUACCGAUUGAUGCAGAACCUUACUUGUUUUAAAGAAAACACUUAAAAGAAAACAAAUAUUUUCUUAUGUCCAUAUUAAAAUGUGGGCCAAAUUUCUUUCUUUAGUUGGAUAAUGAUCAAGUAAUAUAACAGCAAAUCCCACAUAGUUGUAAAUUGUGUCACACAAACAGCUGAAUGUCAUGUUUCGUCAAGCAAUGCAGUACAUUUACAAUAGAUUUGCCUGUUGUAUAAAAUCAUAAAUAUGAAGUUUCAGCUAUAAAACCUUUUCUGUGGGAAAAUGUGUCAAUUUGUUUACAAACUUAGUUGGUUCUGGAAUUCAAAGUCUCACAAAAUAUCGGUUUGAGGUAGUAGUUGGUAGCUUCACAUAUUCACUCUGUGCCAUCCCAGUUAAUUCAACAUGGACUCCUGUACCCUGUGUGUUCUGGCUUACGGUAUUUGUGCAAUGUCCAGUUAAAAUGGAAAAAACAACAAGAAUUAAAAAGCAAAUAUGUCCUGGU